CCUGUCAAAUGGAUCUCAGCCAGGCAGAUGAAGAACUGGGCCUACCGUAAUUACCUGAACCUCUGGUUCUCGGCCGCGGUCAUCUUCUUUUUCACUGUCAACUUUGGAUUCACGCGCAACAUCCACUUGGGCAAAGGAUUGGUUUCAGCAUUCUCUGGAGAGAAGCACGUCCAUAUGACUGGCGCAAAGGCCACCUACGACGUGGGAGUGACACCGUGCGACGUUUCUGUGCAACGGAUUCUUGGAAUUUGGCCGACUCAUCGCACCACCUGUUCUGCCGAAUCCGUUCUCGAGGACAAUCAAGAGUACGCCUGCAUGGAGGGGACCAAACGUUCCAUAAAAAUCGAGCUACAAAAAGCAAUCGCCCUCAAGAAGAUCACUCUGAAAAUGAAUGAAAACUCAAAAGCAACGACCCCGAAAGAGAUCGUCAUUUAUGGGUCGUCUGAUGACAACGUCUAUAAAGCUCUGAUGAGAGUGACCUAUGAGCUGCACAAAAAGUCGCAGGACUUUUACUACAAGGGCAAAGACGACGACGCUCCUGUCAAAUUUCUCAGAAUAAGUGUUGUCGAAACUUAUGGCAGUGAGCGGGCCACCAUCCAGAGGGUCUUCAUCCAUGGAAAUCAGGUCAAUUAGACCAAGCAGAAACCUCAAGAGUUACUAAAUCAGAUGUGGGGGAGAGAAUCAGCCCAGGAUUCAGGUUAUUUAUAUUGCAGUUAAUUAAUGUCCCAUAAAAAAGUUUGAAAAUAAAUCAUAAAUUGA